GUAGCUUUCCAAGCACUGAAAAGGGGAGGGGGCAUUUUGACUUUGGUUGGUGAUUUUCCAUCCGAGACUCCAGGUCUGCCCUCGAACCAACACCAGCAGUCUGGCCCCCACUCCAGCUUGGAAAAUCUCACAGUUCCUUCCCGGAUUCUUUCUCGACUCCUCGACGCUCGUCCUCUGCUCUGCGACUGCAGAGCCCGGAGCAAACUUCUACCUUUUCUUCCGGCUUCCCCAGCUGCAGACUCGAUAUUGGACGGAUGGUUGCCGCUGCUGAAACCUCGACUUCCAACGCCGUGCCACCGUGUUGUAAAUUAGUUUGGACUUUCUGUUUGCUUCAAAUUUAGAAUGGUAAUGCUUCGCCCUUUACCCCACGGGAGGAUGGACGAUCAUACUGGUGUGGAUGGACAAUCUCCCAAGUUUACCAUCUUCUCAAACAUCAAUUUCAAUCGUUUCCUCUUUCAAGCAUUCAAGAAACGUGGAAGAACCUUUCUUUUCCACACCUGACGGAGGGGUGUUCAUGGAUCAUCAUGCGCCUAUACUAGUCGGGGUGUUUAAGCUUCUAUGCGGACACUGCCAUCGUCAGUGCGUUUAUGCGCUGAGGACAGGAGAGGGAAUGGAUGAUCUUCGUUCCUUCACUGUGCGCCUCAUUGGUCUGCCCCACGAUCAGUACAAGUGUAUCAAUCUGGACUUAUGCGUCCCAAAGGUCCAUGUGCUGAAGUUGCAGCUCGUGUUCUUGGUGCUGUUCAUGGUUACACUCGCAAGUUCAGUACGCAUCCGGCGUACACGAGGAAGUGCUUGUGUUUCAGCAAACGGGUGCGAGAAGAACUCGCAGACCCAGUGAUCGUGUUCCAUAAUAACCAAAUCUUGUACCACAACCGGGUUGCACAAUCGGCAGCAGCCUCUUCCCCGGCUUUCUGCAAUUAAUAUCAUGAG